CCAGUGGGGACGUGGAGUUCCACUGCGCCGCCGGGACCGACAGCUCCGGACUGACCGACCGACCUGCUGGAGACGGAGGGUAAAGGAGAGUGGACGCUGCUUGCACCCGUUUCAUGUACGCGUCCAUGUGACAAGCAGCGAGGAUGAAACUCAAAGAGAUCAACCGCACAGCCAUCCAGAGCUGGAGUCCUGCGCAGCACCACCCAAUCUUCCUGGCAACAGGAACAUCAGCCCAGCAGUUGGAUGCCUCAUUCAGCACCAGCGCCACAUUGGAGAUUUUUGAGUUGGAUUUGGCUGAGCCAUCUCUGGACAUGAAGUCAUGUGCCACCUUCUCCUCCUCUCACAGAUACCACAAGCUGGUGUGGGGUCCUCAUGGCAUGGAUACGCAGGGUCUUCCAUCUGGAGUUUUAAUUGCAGGAAGUGAGAACGGUGAUGUUAUCCUCUAUGACCCCGCAAAGAUCAUUGCAGGCAAUGCGGACGUGAUCAUUGCUCAAAGUGACAAGCACACCGGGCCAGUUCGAGCUCUGGAUGUCAACCCGUUCCAGACAAACCUGGUUGCAUCAGGUGGGAAUGAAUCAGAAAUCUAUAUAUGGGACAUGAACAACUUUGGGUCACCAAUGACACCAGGACCCAAAACUCAGCCUUUGGAAGACAUCAGCUGUGUGGCGUGGAAUAGACAGGUCCAGCACAUCUUGGCCUCCGCCAACCCCAGCGGCCGGGCCUCGAUCUGGGACCUCCGCAAAAACGAUCUCAUUAUCAAAGUCAGCGACCACAGCAACAGAAUGCAUUGUUCUGGGCUGGCCUGGAACCCCGAAGUUGCCACUCAGCUGGUGCUGGCCUCCGAAGACGACCGGAUGCCCGUGAUUCAAAUGUGGGACUUGCGUUUUGCCACCUCCCCUCUCAAGAUAUUAGAGAACCACACCAGGGGUGUCUUGGCCAUUGCCUGGAGCUUGGCUGAUCCGGAGUUACUUUUGAGUUGUGGGAAAGACAGCAAGAUUCUCUGCUGCGACCCAAACACAGCGGAGAUUCUGUACGAGUUGCCUACCAGCACCCAGUGGUGCUUCGACAUCCAGUGGUGCCCGAGGAAUCCUGCAGUGCUGUCGGCAGCAGCCUUCGAUGGACACAUCGACAUCUAUUCCAUCAUGGGAGGCAGCAACCAGGCCCAGAGCCAGAGACACGCGGACCAGAUCAGCACCUCCUUUGGGAAUGUCGAUCCUUUUGGGACCGGACAAACAUUGCCCCCCUUGCAGUUGCCCCAAACCACUGCCCCCCCAACCACAGUCAACCCCCUGAAGAAGCCUCCAAAGUGGAUCCGUAGACCUGUAGGGGCCUCAUUUGCGUUUGGUGGAAAGCUGGUGUAUUUGGAUAACACAAAAGCCAGCACCCAGCAGCCCGCUGCACAGGCCCUGCAGAUCUGCCAGGUGGUCACAGAAACGGCCUUUCUAAAGCGCUCGGACGAGCUGCAGGCAACACUGAGUGCAGGCAGCUUUUUGGAGUUCUGCCAGGCCAAGAUCGAUGCCGCCGGGAACCAGUUCGAGAAGAUUGUCUGGUCCUUCCUCAAGGUGAACUUUGAUACCGAUAUCCGUUGCAAGGUUCUGGAGCUUCUUGGAUACAAUAAAGAGGAGUUGGCAUUAAAGAUCACAGCAGCUCUAGAAGACAAGGCUGCUCGGCCUGUCCAGCCUGAGGCAGAUGAGGACCCAACUGCUCUGGCCAGCCUGCAGCCAUUAGCUGAACCUAAUCUCUUUACCCAGUGCGAUGACGCUCCUGAGGUAGUAUUUGACUUAAUAGCUGCAGCACAGCUCGAGUCAACAGGCCAACAGGAUAUGGAGGCCAACCUCAAUCUAGAGUCUGAUGACCCAGGGGUUGAUCCCCCUUUGGAAAAGAGCUUGGAGAGUACUCUGGCUGGGACACCAGAACCAAGUGCUGAUCAGGACUUCUUGGAGAAUGAAGAGGAAGACAUCCUUUUGGAGGAGGAGGUGACCGCCACAGCAGAAGAAGAACUCAGUCCUGGAACAGCAGAAGAAGAACUCAGUCCUGGAACAGCAGAAGAGGAACUCAGUCCUGGAACAGCAGAAGAGGAACCCAGUCCUGGAACAGCAGAAGAGGAACCCAGUCCUGGAACAGCAGAAGAGGAACCCAGCCCUGGAACACCAGAAGAGGGACCCAGUCCUGGAAGAAAGACCCCAACUGCAACUGAAGACCCUGCUGGGGUUGAAGCUCCAGCCCCAGUUACAGAAGGUGUCAGUCUCAGCAUCAGUCAAGAUGUGGACGGGCUGAUCACCCAGGCUCUUCUGACGGGAAACUUUGAGGGAGCUGUGGAGCUUUGUCUUCUUGACAAUCGCAUGGCAGACAGCAUCAUCCUAGCUAUUGCAGGAGGGGAUGAGCUUCUGAAGAAAACCCAGAAGAAGUAUUUCAUUAAAACACACAGCAAGCUCACCAAGCUGAUCAGUGCCGUGGUCAUGAAGGACUGGCAUGAUAUCCUGCAGACCUGUGCGCUGGAGAAUUGGAAGGAGGCUCUGGCAGCUGUCCUGACCUAUGCCCAGCCUGAUGAGUUCUCCUCUCUUUGUGACCUCCUUGGUGGAAGGCUGGAAGAAGCUGAAGACGGUCAACUGCAAGGCCAGGCAUGUCUGUGCUACAUCUGUGCUGGCAACGUUGAGAAACUUGUGUCCUGCUGGGCCAGAGCACAUGAUGGAUACUGUCCACUAACUCUGCAGGACCUGGUGGAGAAAGUGGUGGUGCUGCGCCGUGCGGUGGAGCAGACCCAGCGCUCUUCUCCUUCUGGAAUGGGAGAUGUUCUAGCUGAGUUGAUGAGUCAGUAUGCCAAUAUACUGGCCUCCCAGGGCAGCCUGUCUACUGCCAUCACGUUCUUGCCUGGCGACACCAACCAAGCGGCUGUGCAGCAGCUUCGUGACCGUCUUAGAUUUGCUCUUGGGGAACAGACGGGAACUCCUUCAGCUCCAGCUCCAGCCCCGACCCCGACCCAGACCAUUCAGCCCCAGCAUGCUGCAGGUGUGCCAAGGCACCCGUACAGCUCAGGCCAACCUGCUAUGGUACCUCAGCCGGCUGCCAACCCAGUGGCCAUGCCUCCACCUGCCCCUGCCCAGACACAACCUCGAUACUAUCAGCCAGUAAGGGCUGCCUCCACUGUCACCUCCUGGAGUAACCAAACUCCUACAGCCCUCCCCAAUAUCCCUCCUCCUCCUCUUCAGUUAGGCACUGCCUCAGAACAGCAGACAGAGCAGUCUCAGCCGCCGUACAGGAUGCCACCUGCUGGCGCUGCCGCCGCCCCGCCUCCCUCCUCCACUCCUGCAUACAUGUACUCUCAUCAGUACCAGCCCAACCCCCCGGUCAACCUGUUCCCACCUGGAGCUGCACCUGUCUAUCAGCCUCUCCAGUACUCUCCUGCUGCUCCCGUCCCUCCUCUUCCUGUUUCGUCCUCUUCCACCCCUCACGCCCCAGGCUUUCUGCCCGAGUACAUGCAGCCUGUUCCAUCUCAACCAGAUGUUCCACCCUAUCCCGGACCACCCCCGGUCAGCCAGACCAUGCACGCCUCUCCUCCUUCCCAUCCUCCCUCCUUUUCAACUGCAUCCUCCUCUUUUUCCCCUCCUUCCUCCUCUGGAGCGUCUUUUCAACACAGUUGGCCAGGAGCUCCAGUAUCUUACAUGCCACCUCCGCCACCGACUGGAUUAUCAGGACCUCAAAACGGCUGGAAUGAUCCUCCUGCUGUGAGCAGAGCACCGAAGAAGAAGGUUCCGGAAAACUACACUCCACCUGCCCCCAUCACCGCCCCAAUCAUGGCACCGCUAGGUAGUGAGCAAGCUCAACCGGCAUCACCCGUAGCCCCGCAGACUAUGGUCCAGAGCCAGCCUGGUGUCCAAGCGCAGUACCCAGGCAUGCAGCAGCAACUCGCCCCUCCAACGGCCAAUCCAGUCAUGCCCAAGACAAGUGUGGAGGGUGCACCAGGAGCACCAACCGGGGAUGUCAUACAGCCCUUGCAAUCAAUCCCUGCUGAGAAGAUAACGAAGAAGCCCAUCCCUGAUGAGCACCUAGUCCUGAAGACCACGUUCGAAGGGCUCAUCCAGAAAUGCUUGGCUGUAGCUAGUGAUCCUCAAACCAAAAGGAAGCUGGAUGACGCCGGCAAACGUUUGGAAGCCCUAUAUGACAAGCUCAGAGAGCAGGCACUCUCCCCAGCUAUUGUUGGAGGACUGCACAACAUGGCAAGGAGUGUAGAGUCCCGAUCCUACACAGAGGGCCUCAACAUCCACACCCACAUAGUCAGUAACAACAACUUCAGUGAAACGUCAGCGUUCAUGCCUGUUCUCAAGGUGGUGCUGACACAAGCCAACAAACUCGGGGUUUGAGCGAGCGGAAGUUCAAAACUACUUGUAAGUGCUGACUGGUGGAUGGAGAAUGAUCGCUUAAGGGCUGUCAUGAAUAUUGAGGAAAUUUUAUAUGAGUAAUGUGUAGCUUGUUUCACUGGGAGUUCAUUAGACAGAGUGCCCUCAAAAGUAUUGGGACAAAAAUGCUUAUAUUGUUAUCUCUCUAUUGAUUAUCGACUACUGUUGGCCGCUCCCGUUAGGGGGCGCCACAGCAGAUCAUCCUUUUCCAUCUCUUCCUGUCCUCUGCAUCUUCCUCUGUCACACCAGCCACCUGCAUGUCCUCUCUCACCACAUCCAUAAACCUCCUCUUUGCCCUUCCUCUUCUCCUCUUCCCUGGCAGCUCCUUAUUCACAUAUUCGGCAUCCUUCUCCCAACAUACCCAGCAUCUCUCCCCCACACACAGGCACAGGUUUCAUGCUGGAUGCCCUCCCUGACGCAACCCUCCAUUUGUCCGAGCUUGGGACCGGCACUGACAAUGCACUGGCUUGUGGCUGGGUCAUCUCUCUAUUGAUUAUACAAGAACAUAACCGUAGGAGGGCGGCACGGUGGUGCGGUGGUUAGCGCAGUCGCCUCACAGCAAGAAGGUCCUGGGUUCGAGCCCCGGGGUCGUCCAACCUUGGGGGUCGUCCCGGGUCGUCCUCUGGGUGGAGUUUGCAUGUUCUCCCCGUGUCUGCGUGGGUUUCCUCCGGGGGCUCCGGUUUCCUCCCACAGUCCAAAGACAUGUAGGUCAGGUGACUCGGCCGUACUAAAUUGUCCCUAGGUGUGAAUGUGUGUGAGUGUGUGUCGGCCCUGUGUGACGGUUUGGCGGCCUGUCCAGGGCGUCUCCCCGCCUGCCCCCCCAAGGACCGCUGGGAUAGGCUCCAGCAUCCCCACGACCCUGAGAGCAGGAUGAGCGGUUCAGAUAAUGGAUGGAUGGAUAACCAUAGGAAAAGGAAGCACUAGGUAAUGGAAAAGGUAACCACAGGGAUAGGGAUCGGCUGCUUGAUUGAUUGAUUGAUGGUUACAAGCAAUAACUGCAUCAAAUCUUUAUUCCACUCUCAUGGACAGGCUGUCUGCUUCUUUACUGGGG